AUGGGUGUCGAUCCAUCCAAAACCUCGGACGGUGAUCUCCCUCUGAUCACUUUUACAGCUCCGUCUCGUCUAGGUUUAGAUGCAAGGGCAAUUGAGAAAAGGAAUAAGAAGCCAGCAAUAUCUGUUACUGCAUCAUCUUGUUUAGAUGAAGAGGAUGAAUCUGAUGCAUCAGAAUCAGAACAUGGAGCAGAAAACACUCUACAUGACCGAUCCAGUAGAAGAAGAAUGUAUAGAGAGAAACCUUCAAGAUCUGAGACUGCUGAAGAAAGCACUGAGAAUGCUGCAGCAGCUUCAGAUAAUUUCAGGAGACAUCGAAGAGAAGGCACAAGUGAAACUAGUCCGAGGUCAAGAAAGCAGAGAAACACUAAUGAUUAUCAUGGAGCAAAGCGUGCAAGACACGAUAGCGAUAGGAGAAAAGAAUCUAGUUACAGCAAGCCUGAUGCUCGUUUAGCCUCUCCGUGGCUGGAUAGACCAAUGUCUUGUGCUUCUCCUGUUCCUGUCCGGGCUUCUGGAUCCUCUGUUAGAUCCUCAAGUGAUCUUACAAAGUCUACAUCGCUAUAUAACCAUGAGAAUAUCACGGACACAAUGCGUUCGGGGAUGGAAUAUCACUCUGAUCGUGCAUGGUAUGAUACGGACGAAGGGAACAACUCACUGUUUGAUGCAUCGUUUCUUCUUGGAGAUGAUGCUUCUCUACAGAAGAAGGAAGCUGAGAUGGCGAAAAGACUUGUUAGAAGGGACGGUAGCAAAAUGUCACUCGCUCACUCUCAUCUUAAUGCAGAUAUUUCUCAGUGGGAAGACCGUCAGCUUCUCAGAUCUGGAGCUGUUAAAGACACACAAUCGCAGAUUGAGUUUGGUAGCGAGGAAGAAGAACAGAAAGCAAUACUUCUCGUACACGAUACGAAGCCUCCUUUCCUUGAUGGAAGAGUCGUUUUCACAAAGCAAAUGGAGCCAGUAAUGCCUGUAAAGGAUCAUGCAUCAGACAUGGCUAUAAUCGCACGGAAAGGUUCGUGUCUCGUCAGAGAAAUCCGGGAGAAACAUAGUAUGCAUAAGUCACGGAAGAGGUUUUGGGAGCUUGAAGGUUCUAACCUUGGUAAUAUCCUUGGUGUUGAAAAAUCAGCUGAGCAGAUUGAAGUAGGUGAAGUAGACUUUAAAGGCGAGGUUAAAUUUUCACAACAUAUGAAGAAUGGAGAAGCUGUGAGUGAAUUUGCCAUGUCAAAGACCAUUGCAGAGCAACGACAGUAUCUUCCUAUAUUUUCUGUUAGAGAUGAGUUAUUGCAGUUUUCUGAUUUCUUGGGAAUGUCCUAUAUUCAACAUUCCUGGAAGGACUUUCCCUGUGAAUGUCUCUACUCUGAAAGUUCUUGUGAAGACUAUGUUGAAGCUGCUGUCAAACAGGCAAUGAAGAUUCACAUAGCGAGCCCACCUGGGGACAUUCUCAUAUUUAUGACAGGGCAAGAUGAGAUCGAAGCAGCUUGCUUUUCACUCAAAGAGAGAAUGGAACAGCUCAUUGCAUCCUCCACCAGAGAAAUCACAAACCUACUGAUUCUCCCAAUAUACUCUCAGUUACCUGCUGACUUGCAAGCAAAAAUAUUCCAGAAAUCAGAAGAUGGAGCCCGUAAAUGUAUUGUUGCCACCAAUAUCGCUGAAACAUCAUUGACACUCGAUGGGAUAUAUUAUGUGAUCGACACAGGGUAUGGAAAGAUGAAGGUUUUCGAUCCUCGAAUGGGUAUGGAUGCUCUUCAGGUUUUCCCCAUAAGCCGUGCUGCCUCUGAUCAGCGUGCAGGAAGAGCUGGAAGGACAGGGCCGGGAACGUGUUACAGGAUGUAUACAGAGAGUGCUUAUUUGAAUGAGAUGUUGCCAAGUCCCGUGCCAGAGAUUCAGCGAACGAAUCUUGGUAACGUCGUGUUGUUGUUGAAGUCACUGAAAGUAGACAACUUGGUAGAUUUUGAAUUCAUGGAUCCACCUCCACAAGAGAACAUCCUCAACUCUAUGUACCAGCUUUGGUUGUUGGGUGCUCUUAGCAACGUUGGAGGAUUAACGGAUCUCGGGUGGAAGAUGGUGGAGUUCCCAUUGGAUCCACCUCUUGCUAAGAUGCUCUUAAUGGGUGAACGGCUUGAUUGUAUAAACGAGGUUUUGACGAUCGUGUCAAUGCUUUCAGUACCUUCAGUGUUCUUCAGACCUAAAGAGAGAGAAGAAGAGAGCGACGCGGCGAGGGAGAAGUUUUUCGUGCCGGAAUCUGAUCAUCUAACGCUACUAAAUGUGUAUCAGCAGUGGAAAGAGCAUGACUAUAGAGGAGACUGGUGCAAUGACCAUUACCUGCAAGUCAAAGGUCUGAGGAAAGCUAGACAAGUAAGAUCACAGCUUCUGGAUAUUCCCAAGCAACUGAAGAUACCACUCAAGUCGUGUGGAAGGGAUUGGGAUAUUGUGAGAAAAGCCAUAUGUUCUGCGUAUUUGCAUAACUCAGGUAGAUUAAAAGGUGUUGGGGAGUAUGUCAACUGUAGAACCGGGAUGCCUUGCCAUCUGCACCCGAGCAGCGCACUGUACGGUCUGGGAUGCACAGCGGAUUAUGUGGUGUACCAUGAACUGAUCUUAACCACUAAGGAAUAUAUGCAGUGUGCUACAUCAGUUGAGCCGCGUUGGCUGGUUGAGUUAGGGCCCAUGUUAUUCUCGAUCAAGGACUCUGGAUGCGAAUACUGAACUAUAUGUCCAGGAGAAUUCAAUUUUUUGAUACUUUGUGAAAAUUUUCUAGAAAAAGGAAUUAAGACAUCUUCUCAUCUUCUCCUUGUGCAACUAGUGAAUGUGAUCCAAAAGGCUCACCAACAUUUUCUUCUUGUUUUGCUCUCUUGAUGUUUAGUUAUUGGUCCAUUGGAUUCACAUGGUUGUUGUUUGGUUUCAAAUCUUCUUUCAUUGACUUUAAAGCCUUUAUUGUUCUUGUAUAGGUUUUGUGAGAGUAGCGUCGAUGAUUCAAGACCGUGUAAAGAUCUUUCUUGCACUAUUAAU